AUGUUAAAUGGAAUGCAAGAAAAGCUAAAGCUUCAAAGAGUGAUUAGGUUUUUAGACUUGGGUUGUGGCUAUGGCUAUUCCACUUUAGCUUUUGCUCUAAUGGUUGAUAAAGUCAUCAAAGCUGAUUAAUAAAUGAGUUUUCUUGGUAUCGAUUUGCAUCAUGACUUUAUUGAAAAAUGCACUACUUUGACUAUCUUGGAGAAAAUCAUAAAGAAUUAGGCUAGUUUGAUUUAAUAAACUUUGGAUUUGAGACAUCGAUAGAGACUCUUCAGAAUAAAAGAUAAGAAAAAUGAUUUGGACAAAAGUUUAGAUUAAGACUAUUUCAAUACUUAUAUGAGACAACAGAAAAUUGAAUUAUUUAUUGAACAGCUUCAACAUCUUGAGUAGUAAUUCAAGGAUUUGAAGUAGAAAAAUUUUGGCAGUAGUGAAAUAAAGCUUACUGAAGUUUUGAAAGUACCUGAAAUAGCUUAAGUAUUAGUUUAAAUUAGAGAUAGAAAGACUAAAGUCUAGAAGUUGGAAUUAGCAAUGAAGGACUCCCUUGAAGGAAUGAACAAAGAAAAUAAGGAAGACUGA